AGACGGAAAUUCCUCCUCUCCGAGCACAAUGCAGGAGAGAUGGGUGGAGAUCGACGUCAGAUUGUCGAGUAUGGUGCUAAGCUAUGUACUCGACAAUCCUGCGGGUCCUCACCCGGAGUUUGACUCUUCUGAGACCCUCAGGGGCUACAGGGUCAUCAAGUGCGCGGACCAGGCCUCGCUGGAUUUCCUGACGGGUAGUGUGGCUAAAAUUAGCAACGCCUUUGUAGGCCUCCAUUUGAGGCUUAUACCCGCCAAGGACAUUCCGAAGAGACCUCGUGCUCGCAUUUGGUUACCCCCUCUAGAGGAGCCAGGCGAAAAACUCCUGCGGUGCAUUAAGCUGCAGAACAAAUCUAUACCUAGUAUAGAUGAGUGGCAGCUAAUCAAGGAGGAAAAACCGAAUAAAGCAAGCAAGCCAAUACUAGUGGCCAUUUGUGAUGAGUCCAUUGAGGCUCUGAAGAAGACUGACUACAAAAUCAGCUUCGGAAUCCGCAAAGCCAGACUAAAAAUAUUCCAAGGCGACAAAGCGGCUGACGAAGACGACACGGAAGAGGUCGACGACGCCAGCCAGUUGCUAAAGAAUGUGGGCAUCGAAGAAACCCGAGAUGCCCAAUAACAUAAGAUGCGUACAGAUAAACCUGCAGCACUCGAAGAGUGCUACAGCGAAUCUGACAACCCUCGUGAACGAGGGGGCAUCGACAUCAGCCUAGUACAGGAGCCCUGGGUCAAUGAAGAUACCAUUAAAGGGCUAAACAGCAGCAACCAUAACCUGUUUUACACACGGAACAGAGCACAGCAGAUAUCACAGUGGUAAAGGUGGAACAGAAGGAUAAGCCCUUCUUCUUGGUCUCGGCCUACUUGGCCCAUGACGAAGACAUACCACCGGCCCCGCUCACCAGACU